AUAUAAAUGAUUUUUUCUCACCUAUCCGUGUUCCUUCUUCUUGAUCGAAACUACCGCCGCCACUCUCCUUUCGAUCGCACACCGCAGGCAGCGAGGAGACACUGAGAUCGGCGACUACGACAAGUCCACUACGCCGCCAGGAGAUUCCUUCUCUAUUCCGACCAGACACAGCAGCGACGAUGGUCUACAGGGGCGACGACGACCGUGUUACGGUGACGAACGGCGUGACUUCUUCUCGUCGGCGAUGAGUCCAGCGGCGAUGGGGAAGGGCGACGUCGCGAGGCGAAUCGACGGCGACGAAUUCCGCCAGUGACCUCCCCUAUCCAGCGACCCUCGUUCCGGAGAUUCCAGCAAUUCCGGCGACGAUCUCUAUCCCGGCGAAACAGUGGCGAGGUUUGGGCAGCUCCGGCCAUCCCCUCGGAUCUUCGUCGACUUCCAGCGGCGGCGAGAGUGGAUGCGGGACCAGGGCAGGAGAAGUUGAGCUCCGGACUCAAUUUGGGUAGCGGCGGGAUUGACUGGGCAAUGACAGGUUAGCUCUGUUGGUCCGAGCAGCGUUGACUGACCUCCGGGCAGUGGCGGUUGACAUUCGGACAGCAGCGGCAAGUCCUAGAAGCGGGGUAUGACUUUCGUUUCGAUGACAUCGCUCGGGUGACACCCUUUUUGGAAUCCAAUUGAAUGAAUCAAGAUAAUAACAAGCUAUUCUUGGAGGGCACAGAGAUGAAGGAGAUUUACGGAUGCGGGACUCAAACCGUUAACAGAUAUGAUGGUUGUAAUGUCAUGGCCAUGUGCCAACAGAAUGGGGGGAUGCCCUUUCUCCCUGGUAUGUUCCCGUUUGCUCUUCCAAGCGCGGGAACCAUGCCCCUUCAAGCUCCAAUGGCAGUGACGCCGUUCCAGACGCCGGUGCCGCAACCGUCACCUUUCCAGCCGCAGCUGGUCAGCGCUGUGGCCCCCAUCAACUUGGCAGGUGCACUUAACGCUGCAGGGCCGUCGCGUCCCCCGCAAGGUACGAAUCCGCUAAUCACUCCGGAUGGUCACUGCGUCUCGGUUGAAAGCAGGGACGAUGAGUGGGACAUUCCGAGGGCCCACAAGAAGAAGAAAGGAAAGGCCAUACGCCCCGCCACUUCCCGAAACUCCGCCUUCGAAAGGCUGGGGGAUAGGGAAGAGGGCCAGAGAAAGUCAGCCAAGCUGAGACUGGGGCAGAGCGUUGCCCAUAUCAGCGCUUUUGCCCGGUUGGGUGAGAUGCAGGAGGCCGAGCCUGCCCGCACCCAACGUUCCCGGUCAAACCGGCAGGAGCCAGCCAGGACGAGGGUCUCUCGUCAGGAGGAAGCAGAAAGCCAGCCCAGAGUACCGGUAGCUAACCGGUUAACCGUUCCCAAUGACCGCGUCCAACAGAUGGAGGCGAAGUUGGAGAGGCUGGAGAAGAAAGUCGGGGAGAAGGACGCCCCAAGGUUCACCAGUAAGGAGGAACCAGAGAUCCACCUGGACUCCUUCAAUCAGAGUGCAACCAUGAACGGUUGUACAGAUGAAGAAAAAUGCCUCCUUUUCUUCCAAACCUUGCGGAAUCGAGCCACUGAGUGGUUCAACAAGCUUCGCCCGGGAAGCAUUGACUCAUUCAGUGACUUGGCCUCGAAAUUCAAGGCCAAGUUUCAGGAGAACUGUACUAAGAGGAAGAAAUUCACCUAUCUUAGUACAGCCGGGCAGCGGGAAUCAGGGAACCUCACUCAAUUCCUUACCCGGUGGAAGGAGGAGGUAGACAAGGUUGAGGAAAUGGAUGACAAGACAGUGUGGUCCCUCCUCCUGAAUGGUUUGCGAGCCGGGGAACUUUACAAGGAAUUCUGCCGAAAACCCCCGGCCACGUACCAGGAGGCCUACCACACUGCAUGGGAGUUCGCCGAGGCAGAAACCCAACUCCGGGCGAAGAAAGAGGCCGAGCAUGGUUACAAGCCCAAGCCGGUGCCAGUCAAGAAGGAAGAGGCGCCGGGAUCCAACCGGCCAAGGCACCACUAUGACCCGGUCGUCCGCGUGGUCAACACAGAAGAGUGCCAGGAGAUAAGGAAAGCACCGGCUACCUACCCGGUCAUUCCUCCGGAAAAUCCUAUCGGUCAAACUGGGCGCCAGUGGUCGGGCACCUAUUGCUCAUACCACCGGUCAGAUUCCCAUAACACAUCAGAAUGCAAGAGUGUUAAGGGAGUGAUCCGGCAGAUGAUAGAUAGCGGGGAACUGGGUAAAGAUUAUCUACAGAAAGCCCAAGAGAAGAACCACCAAUGGGUUAGGCCAGCGACCCAGGAAAGCGACCGGGAUAAGGACCGGCGGAGGAACAACAGGCCGAGGGAACAACCUCCCCCUGACAAAGAGCAUAUUGGAAUAAUCUUCGGCGGACCCGAGGGGGGAGAUUCAGCCGCGCAGCGGAAAAACUGGGUCCGCAGCAUUUACGUGGGUGAAGUAAGUGCUGAACCGGCCAGGCGUAAGUAUCCCAGGAGGGAGCCAAUAGUCUUCACUGACCGCGACCUCCCUCCUACCGGUGAAGAUCACAAUGAUCCAUUGGUCAUCACCAUGGACAUCAACGGGGUGGACGUCGCCCGGGUACUUGUUGACACCGGCAGCAGUGUCAACAUCCUCUACCUGGAGACCUUCCAGAAACUCAGGUUGUGUCGGACACAACUUGAACCCCUCAAAACUCCUCUCUCAGGUUUCACGGGAGAUACGGUGGAAGCUGAAGGGUCCAUAGUUCUACCGGUCGAACUAGGAUCAGGCGAGAAGACCGUGUGGAAAAGGAUGCGGUUCAUUGUUGUGGACAUCAAAUGCGUCCACAACGCAAUCCUUGGCAGGCCAGGCAUCAACAAGGUUGGGGCAGUGAUCUCCAUGCCCCACCUAUGCAUGAAGUUCCACACUCCAGGCGGUGUGGGAGAAGUACGGGGCGACCAGAGGAAUGCCCGGGAGUGCUAUGCCCGGGCAGUCAAGAGGAUGACCAAGGGAGUCAACGUCAUCUCCCAGGAAAUCACCAAGGGAGAGACCCGGGAGAAACUGGAGCCUGAAGCUGAGACGAUGGAGAUUGAACUUCACCCGGGUGAUUCAUCAAGGAUGGUCAGAAUUGGAGCAAAGAGAUACCUGGCCAGUGAUUACAAGGCAGAGAUUACACGGGUGCUCCAAGAAUACGCAGAGAUUACACGGGUGCUCCAAGAAUACGCAGAGAUUACGCAAAGAGAUACAAGGCAGAGAUUACACGGGUGCUCCAAGAAUACGCAGGCAUAUUCGCAUGGAGCGUGGCGGACAUGCCCGGGAUAGACCGCUCAAUCAUCUGCCACCGGCUGGCA